CCAUCAUUCCCUUCACACCCCGCUUUGCCCUCACUGGACGGGGCUGAGCCCGCGCCAACUCAUCGCAGGUUGGAGAGACCGAGGGCGCGCUGGGACCAUGCCUCGCAAGAUUGAGGAGAUCAAGGACUUCCUGCUAACAGCACGGAGGAAGGACGCCAAGUCCGUCAAGAUCAAGAAGAACAAGGACAAUGUGAAGUUCAAGGUGCGCUGCAGUCGGUACCUCUACACCCUGGUCAUCACCGACAAGGAGAAGGCCGAGAAGCUGAAGCAGUCCCUGCCCCCAGGUCUGGCCGUGAAGGAGCUGAAAUGAGCCGGAAUGGGCCAUUCCCCUGUUGGAUCCUCUGUGUUUGUUACAAUAAAUAAACAAAUAAAUAAAUAAAA